AUGUCUUAAAACAAUAAUCGUUAAUUAUAGGCUAGACCAAAUAGAAAAACUGAAUAAUCUUUUGAUUUCUUCAAAAAUACUAAAGUCUCAACCUGUAGUUAUAUCAAAAGGAAAGGAGAUGAUUUCAUUGCAAUUCCAUUUUACUAUAAACCAAAUUAAAGAAAUCUAGAUUAUUUGAAGUAUAACAUAUACAGUAUUUGAAAUAGUAAAUCCAUGUAUUCUACAUCAACCAAUCAUGAUGCUUAUAAUAAUAAAAGAAGAUGCUUUUCUAGUAUGAGAAACAAACCAUUAUCUCAAUACAACCCUUUAGCACAUAGAAGCAGAUUGGCAGAUUAAAGUUUAAGGAUUUCAUAAAACAAUUUUUGCCAAAUUGAAAUAGGAGAUAGGUUAUAAAAAAUACUAAUCUUAGAAAUUAAAGAAUGACUAAGCAUUAUGUAACUUAAUAUCAGAAUCAUUUGGGUAAUUUCGGAGAAACAACCCCUUGUUCAAAUCCUUAAAUUUUAGCAGAGAGAGCCAAAUGGAAUCAUAGACUAAAGGAUAAAUGA